UCGGUUUUUCACGUUUAAAGUUCGUACGUGCGCUGAACGGACGGACUGUUGCGACCGUAGUGUUGUGUUGUGAGUGCGAAAGCGUAAAUCGGCCAGGCGGAAUUACCACGGAUAUAUACACAUACAUAUGUACUUCCCCCAAAAAAGUCGCCUAUUUUUUGAAUCGUUUUCGAGUGAUCUUUGUGCUUUAUCAAAUUUAGACUGAGUUCAAAACAACGUUUAUACAUGUGAAACAAAAUUAACUAAGUGAAUAGCUAACUUUUGGAUAACCCCACGUUUCCGGAACCAUCUAACGUACGUGCCUCAUCAUAAAACGCGCCCUCAACGAGGCAUUCGAGCGAAACCACAAACCAAAAACGGCCAAGCCAAAGAAAUAUAAAAGUAUAUGUAUCUAACAAAGGAAACCCAUAAAUACAUAACAAAAACCUAUGCGUGAAUCAACAAAAAUAUCCCAGCAAGAAAAGAAAGUAAAGUGUAAAUUCUUUUACACACAUAUUUCGUGUAUAUAAAUAUUAAAUACAGCUGAGGCAAUUAUAAUACUUAAUGAAUUUAUUGCACAAUUAAAGCGAAGCCAACUAAUACACAACAACAAAUUAAUAUGCCGCUGGCGUGAAAGUCACAACUCGACGCAUGAGAAAUAUCCCCCCUUGCGCCAACAGCACUGAAUUAUUAAUGAAAUCGAAUUACAAACAAAGCCCAGCAAGCAGCAAUAACGAUUGCGAAUCGGAAUAAAAAACAAAUAAAUAAAUAAUCAUAAAUAAGUACACACAUCAACAAGAGCCGCGGAACGUGGACGGCUUAAUCAGCGGAAAGUCAGGCAGCUGGAAAAUAUUUAGCAGGCAAGGCGCAGGCGCCGCUUUUCACACGAGUUGGCAGCACACGCCACAUAAAUUGGCAUUUACCGUUAAGCGCGCUGCCGUACUUUGCGGUCGGGGCAGGCAAUAACAACAAACAAUAACAACAACAACAACAGCAACAACAACCAAUCAACACCUCCACCGAACCACCAAAGAAAAGCCGUCAAAGUGGAUUUAACAAAUUAUAAUAAAAUGCUGCAAUCCAGCAAUCAUCAUUAUUUAAGGCCGGAUUAUAUGACAGCUGCAGCUGCCCCAACAGCGCUGGACAACAAAAGCAGUCCGUUGGCGCUAUUGGCUCAAACAUGCAGCGCCAUCGGAGCGGAUACCACAAACCCCAAGCUGCUGGCGGCGAACAUCGAGAAGUCCACAAAGCAACUGCAGCACCAGCCCAAGGGAUCCAAUGGCGGCGGAGGCGGAGGUGGCGGAUCCUUCGGCCUGGGCCAGCAGAUAUCAACGGAUGGCAGUGCACGCGAUAAAUCCUCGCCGGUUAGCAGUCAUUCAUCCAGCGUUAGCACCGGCUCCGUGGAGCAACAGCAGCUGCCCCCCGCCCACGGCAGCAAGCCGACCCCGACAACCUUUAAGCCCUACGAGCCCAACAACAACAUCAGCAAUAUCACCACAGCCGCCGAUUGCGGCGCCACAAAUCUCAGUAGCAGUAACACCAGUGGACAGAGGGUGCGGACCCCCAAAACGACAUCGAAUGGAGGCGGUGGUGGGCAGCGUUGCGAUUCAAACCAAAGUGCCAGCUCACAGCGAGAAUCGCCCACAGCUGCUGGUAGUCUUAGGAGGACCCCCACCUCGGGAAUGGGCGCCCAGCUGAAUGGAAGUCCCGGCUUGAGCCUGCCGCCCAACUCCUCCUCGACGCCCGGCCGCAGCAGUUCCAAAGAGUCGGCCGCCAUGCACAGUCCCAGUGCAGCGGCAGCGGCGGCGGCGGCGGCCCAAAUCGCCAGCUCAAAUCGCCUGCAGGAGGCCGCGUUGGCCGCCGCCAAGGAGGCCAGCUAUGUGAAGGCCCUGCACGCGGCCAGCCAACAGGGAUCCGCAUCCGCAUCCUACUAUCCCCCCGGUUACGGUAGCCCCUAUUCCAUGGACUUGAUGACGGCCAGUUCCCUGAUGUCGCCGCACCACGCGAUGUUCAAGGCGUCGGCGAUGAAUCCGUAUCUGAACUACGCCCGGAUGAAGGGCCUCACGGAGCAGUCGAUGAUGGCGGCCACGCCCAAUGUGUGCCGCGAUCCCUACUGCACGGGCUGUCCGGCCAGUCCGCACUACAUCAACAAGGCGGCGGGUCAGCCGUGUCCGGCGGGAUGUCCGCAGUGCGAGGCGAGCGGGGGUGGUGGUGGAGGUGGGGCAGGGAAGUCCUCUCAGAGUGGAGCGGGAUCCUCGGCGGCAGCGGCGGCGGCGGCGGCUGCCUCCUCGUACCACGCCCAGUUGGCCGCUCUGGCCGCCGCCUCCCAAAUGCCGUACGUGUGCUCGUGGAUCGGCAGCGAUGCCGCCUAUUGUGGCAAGCGGUUCGGCACCUCCGACGACCUGUUCCAGCAUCUGCGCACCCACACGGCCUCCGUGCCGGAUGCGGUACUGAGUGCAGCGGCCGCCGGCGGGAUACCGCCCAAUCAUCCGCUGUUCCAGCGCACCUACCACCCCCCGCUGAGUCCGCUGUCGGCGGCCCGCUAUCAUCCGUAUGGAAAGCCGUCGAUGCUGCCGCCCUCAUUGGCGCCCCCCGGAAUGCCCGGCCUACCCCCGCAUCCGGCCCUGGCCCAGUACUUUGCGCCCUACUCGUUAUACGGACCCCGGAUGGGAUCGUCGCAUCCAUAGUAGACCGAGGAUCCUGCGAGGAGAGGUUCGGCCUUCAGUCAAAACCAUCAUUUCUCUUGAGUCGUCGUCGUAUCUCUAUGUGUUUUUUUGGUGUAUAUGACUCACUCGUGAAACGAAAAGCUAGUGAUCUAAUGUACUGUAGUUACAUACAAAUGUGUUUACAAUUUAGCUUAAGGAGUCUAGCGUCUAGAUAUUAGUAUAUAUAUAUAUCUGAAUAUCGAUGAUAUAGUGCAGCACAUCAAAUAUCGCUCGUCCUUGUGUGUCUGUGUGUGUUUCGUGGUUGCUACUAAACGCAUAUGGUAAUUGUAAUAUUAUUUAUUAUAUUCAAGCGAAACGAUUACAGAAUUAACGAAAUGAAAAGAUUGUCCAAAAACUUAAAGUUGUAAAAAUUCUUGUAAAGUAUAUGAGUAUCUGCUUAUAAUUAAUUCUAUACAUACCUAUACAUAAAUGUGUAAUUAUGAACAAUAUUUUAAUGUUCACUUAAGUCACUACAAAGAAAUCAAUAAAUCAAA